AUGGCCACUCCCUCCUCGUACCAUCAAUUCAUCGAGGUUCUUCUACACGGCGGUGACAAAGAGAGCCUGGGUCAGUGGCAAAUGCGAGUCUAUGAGUUCAUCGCUGAAACGCCUCUUGAGACAUUGUCGAGCCUGAACGAAACCACUAUCCAGGUCUGCGCUCAACGAUGGUCCACAUUGAUGCGGUCAGCAAACUGUGCCGAAAGUCUUUAUGCGGCCUACAUAUCUUGCCGGAUACAGCGACACGCUUCUAUCUUGCUGGGCACCGGCAGUUCUCUAGGUUCCUGUCCGCCUGCCUGUCCCACCUUACGUGCGUGGAUUGAAAAGUGUCACGCUAUUUUCCGUGGUGCUCAAUCUAUCGAGACCGUCAAGAACACCCUGAUCAGGAUUCUUAAAUUGAGCUACGAUGAAAAAUCCCGCGGUUUAGCCAAUGCUGACGGAGCCAUUGCUCUUUCUGGGGCUGUCUUGACAGUGUCGAAAUUAACUUACGCUGGCGAUUGGGUGAAGGAUACUAGCCCAUACGCCCGCAAAAUCGCCCAGAAGUUUCACGGUAUGCCAUCUGACGUCCAGAUAGCAUCCAUUCAUGUUCUGGCUGCACUCGACCCGAAAGCCUGGUUGUCUGACGCCAUGGCUAUCUUAAGUGCGGUGUUCCAGCAUCUCGUGGUGGAUUCAGGGUCAGUGGAUAGCCCUCGACAUCCGGAUUCAAAGGCAGCAGAAGUCCUGCUUCAAGGUGCAGACCAAUGCAUGACCCUCAUCACGGUGGAUCAGAGCACGCAUACUUUCGCAUCUCUGUUCAGAGACCUCUAUGACUUCAUUCUUGAGCAAUGCCAGCCGAGCCGUACCGCUACGCCAACCAGAAUCUCAAGUACGUAUCAGGCGUUAAGAUUCGUUGAUGCGCUUCAGGAGAUGGAGGACAAAGGUCCAUCGGUGGUCACGACUGUUUUCCUUCGGGCUGUGGCAGGGGCUGGGGUGCCAAAUUGGUGGCCACUCAACAUGUCAACCCCAGGUACACCUGAGACUUGCUCCGGCUUGACGGCCUGCGUGCAUCACGACGAACUUCUACGGCAAAAGCUCUGUGACCAGGUGUCAAUCUUGGUGGUGACCAGUGCAUGUUCUGAUGGAAGGCACUUGCCUCAUUUGUCCCUGGAGCUCCUACGGCAGCGUUUGGUCCAAGGAAAGCCGAUAAGCUGCCAGUCCUCAUGUGCAUACAAGCCCUUUAUUGCACGACCCUCGGUUCCCAUCCAGUCCCAGAACCAGAACAUCACGAGUCACAACUGGCGUGAUCACCUCCGCCAGUGUCUCGGAACAUCGAACAGACAGACUGGCGAAAUUGUUGAGCACCUUAUCGCCAUGGUUUGUAGAGACCUAGAAGAUCGAUGCAACGAUGUCGAAACGCCUCUCCGCGCAGCCCAAGCUGAGACGUCACGGCUUCACGAAUGUAUUCAGCAGCUAGAAUCGAAAAUCGCGACUGGUACAACUAAGAAUUCGGAACUUCGAGAAGCGCUGCGCCACGAGGGAGAGGCAAGGAUACAAAGCUCUUCUUUCUCGGAUAGACUUGAAGAAUCUCUAGAAGCUCUGCGCCAACAGCUGGCGGAAGCACACCGAGAGAACGAACAUGCAACGUCGGAGAUGGCACUUGCGAUGGAGCGACAUCAGCGCGAGCUUCAGGAGAUCAAUGAACAAUCGACCGAAGAGCUCGAAACGGCCCGACGCCAGUGCUCGAACAAGAUCUCAGAGCUGGAAGCGCACGUCAGCUCGCAAGCGCAGGCUAGAUCGGCACUCCAAAGCGAGACAGCCUGGCUGAAAGAGCAAACGGAGCUUGCCCGGAAGGAACUCGUAGCAACACACGAGCGUGGUCUUGCAGAUGUUCGACAACAGCAUCAGCAACAAGUCGAUGACCUGAACCAGCGGCUUCGGCAGCGCCAGGAAUCAGCAGCUAUAGCAACUGCGGAGAUCGAUCGUCUGAUCAGCGAAAGCCAUGAAAAGGACUGUGCAAUCACGAGUCUCGGUCAACAGUGUGACCGGAGUAAAGAAGGGAUUUCGGAACUGAGAACGGAGCUGGCAACCGCGAACGACAAAGCCUCUGCGUUGAGUACUGAGCUCGUCGAAACGAAGAAUGCCAACGACACGCUGUCAAAGGAUCUGGACUCCAACAACGAGCAGCUGCAGAAGAAGACAAACCGCAUUGACGAGCUCGAAGCGUCUGAAGCUCGGUGGAAGCAGCGUUGUGCGGCAGUUGAGAAAGCAUUGGUGGAAGCGAGGCAGCGCGAGGAAGGUAUCCAAGCUCUCCUCGGUGGAGGAGCUCCAGGACUAGUACCACGCCGUUCGGCUCUUGCGGCAAUUCGCACCUCCAUCCCGGGUUUCGAGACCCAGGCUACGACUGCUCCGCGCUUGCCUGCUGGCUCUUUCAUUUCUGACGAUGACGAGGACUACUACGAGAUCAUGAAACUAUGA